CCUCAAAACAUGGCCAAUGCUUUUCCUUCUUGGAGGGGAAAUGUUGUGGAAUAUCGUCAGCUUGGCGAUUCACUAAUUCACUCGUUCCUAGUAGCAUAUGCAUUUUGAAACUAAUCCGGAUUACACAUCGGAGCGAUACGCCGGUUCAAGAAAGCUGAAUCCUAAUCGUUAGAACUGGAAUCCGCCCACACACCGCCGGUUGGGCUUCAUGUAAAUCGGUCCGACGUCGUUUAAAUCGGUCCGACGUCAUUUAAAUUGGCCUGCCGUGAUGUCGGCCUCGUUGCCCCCUAAGGGCAUGGCGGGAAUGCCCCAGCCUCAGCAGCAGCAGUCCCACCUGCCCCCCGGCGGGGGGGUUCCGGGGCAGCCCCCGCUGCCCCCCCAGGGCGCGCUGAGGGAGAUCUCUCCCGUGUUCCUCUGUCGCAUCGGACAGGAGACCGUCCAGGACAUCGUCACACGCACCAUGGAGAUAUUCCAGAUCACCCGUGCCACACAGCUGCCGAACGGGGUGACCCAGAGCCAGGCCAUGUACCAGGACCGCUUUGGGAAGCUGCAGGAGCACCUCAGACAGCUGGCGCUGCUCUUCCGCAAGCUCCGCCUCCUCUACGAGCGCUGCAUGGAGAUGACCUUUGACCUUCACGAAGGGCCAGCAGAGCUGGUGCCGUACGGUACGGAGGAGACCUGGUCGGUGCCCGUGGAGCCCUGCAGCCCGGCCGUCCUGCAGGAGAGACAGGAGGUCCUGGAGAAAGUGCGCCAGAAGAACCAGGAGAUGAAGACGCUGAUGGACCAGAUGAGGAACCUGCUCUGGGACGUCAACGCCAUGCUCAGCCUCAGGAAAUGACCCGCGCCCAGCCGCCGCCGCCGCCGCCACAUCCUGUUCGGACACACGGGGGCGCCACAUUCGCCCAAAUACCGGGCGGACGAGCUAAGGAUUGUUUUUGGGACCAACGGAGUCGUUCGUCUCCCCUCUCUACAUCACUUCCUGUCUCGUCCGAUUGGCUCCUCCCGGACACACCGGCAGCAAGACUCUCACUCGUGCGUUGUGGUUCAAUUCCUCACACAAGGAACUAAUGUCCUUGUGACCUUUGGUGUCGUUUGUUUGGCAACAAACACGUCCCCCACCAUCCUUCAGCCUCCUUGAGCCCUCAUUGGUUCAACAGUACAGGGUAGGGGGCGGGGCGUCUCCCGCCCUACGGCAGCUAUGCUUAUCUGCAGUCUAAGCUCCGCCCCCUUGACUUGCAUGACUGGUGUUCAAUGAGAUGAAGGCUUCCUGUCCAGUGGCCCGUGAACCACACCUGCUUUCCUCCAGGGAUUUGCCUGCCACUGUAUUAUUUUUGUAAGCUGGUCGUAAACGACUUGGUUCCUCUUUUGUAUGAAAACAUUAUAAUAAAACGAAGAACGAUAGAUGGAAUUUGUUCAUUUCCUCAAUCAUAACCACAUUUUUGAUCAAUUUACGCAUAGCCCUCUAUUUAUUUUGUUUGGGACUAACACAAUUAGGACUAAUCAGAAUUAAAAUUAAGCUGUUUCUUUGAACAUCAGACUUUAACAGAAUGCGUCAUUGCGACAAUUUCUUAUUUAAGAAUUUCUAUGACAUUAGCCGUAAGGGAAACAACAUUUAAUCUCGUGUGGUGUGGGCGGCCCGAGUGACAGGCGGGCUUCAACCACAGCUACUCUGCUGACACCGACCUGUGCAAUCCUGCCCAUUGCUAUGACGGUAUUAUUGUAGCAAAAGUCUUUAACACCUGUAACUGCAGAUUUUGUAUGCGUUGUGGCAACCCGCUACCCAAAUGAGCCGGGUUCCACGGAUAAACGACACUUUGGUGUGCGGGAUAAGCCAUUGCAGGCAUUUAUUAACAAUCAACUUAAAUCAAACAACGAAGGAGACGCGGUCUCUAGGGCCUCCGUGGGCCUCUAGGCUCUCGCACCAGAGCGCUACCUUCUUCCUUGCUCUCCCGUGUGUGCCGUCAGUCCACCUGCUCCUUUUUAAAGAGUCCCCCAAUCACGCUGAUUGGGGAGGCGAAAGAGCUGCUCUCGGUCGCCGUCUGGUGGG